GAAACCGCAGGUGUUCCUCUACUUCCUCACAUUAACUCUUCUCUUUUCUGCACUACGAAAAAGUUCACGGGGAAGUGAAAAGAGAAGCCACAACUCGAGACAGGGAAGUGAAAAGAGAAAGCCACAACUCGAGACGCAUUUAGAGGGACUGCGUUGAUUCCCCGUGAAUACUUGCAACAGCAAGCAGCCCCAAAAGUUAUCCCUCAACCGCUUCCUUGUUUUGGAUGCCACAAAGUAAGGGUAGCAACGGGCCUGCCUUGGCAUUGGCCUGCAUCUUGGCCCCAUGGGCUGCUCAAGCCUAACCCUGGUCUUGUUAGGGUCGAGUCGGGCCACAGACAAUUGAAACAAAAAGAAGAGACAGCCGGAACAAGGCCUUUCCAGGCACGUAUUAGUAGGGCGGCCGUACGGACACAGUAACCGAACCCCUAGUAUUUUUGGGCCGCCACAGCACCUGGCCAGCCCACUCCUAAGCGCAAUGCAAAAUCAUAUCACCCAUGUAAAAGCCUCUCUUAGAUAAAGGGGUCAUAAUGAGGAAAGACAUUAGAUCUUGGGUCUUGCAAUUAUGCAUGCCGCAUAGGGCAGUGCAAGGUUGUUGGCAUCGGUUGUGGCGCCAUUUAAGCCCAGACAUGCACACGACUGAUGAGACUCUUGCCUCACUCCAAGAAAACCAGGCUCGCCAUGGCCACACUUUCACCCCUUGCACUUGCAAUGCUUAUAUUUGCAGCUUGCUGUGUCCUUUCCCUAGCCAGUGGAGGUGGUGAAUGGAAGCUUAUGAAGCGCAGCAUUGGUAUCUCCGCCAUGCACAUGGCAUUGCUACCAAAUGAUCGGGUCAUAAUAUUCGACAGGACCGAUUUUGGGCCGUCAAAUGUGUCACUGCCAAAAGGCCGAUGUCGCAAAGACCCUCACGACCAGGCUCUUCAGACUGACUGUUGGGCUCACUCUGUCGAGCUCGACUUGGUCACCCAUGCUGUUCGUUCUCUCACCCUACAGACAGACACUUGGUGCUCGUCCGGCGCACUUGCGCCGGAUGGCCAUUUGAUUCAGACAGGUGGAUUUAACGAUGGGGAGCGCGUUGUGCGCACAUUCUCGCCAUGUUCUGACUGUGAUUGGGCUGAGACCCCUGACGGCCUAGCGGUGCGACGGUGGUAUGCCAGCAACCAAAUCCUUCCUGAUGGACGCAUAAUAGUUGUUGGCGGGCGAAAAGAGUUCAGCUAUGAGUUUGUCCCGAAAACCGAUCCAUCGGAGCAAUGCACAUAUCCAUUGGACUUUCUUUCAGAGACUAGAGAUGAGUGCGAGAAUAAUCUAUACCCAUUUGUCCAUCUCUUGCCUGAUGGCACCCUCUUCUUGUUCUCAAACACGAAGGCCAUCUCUCUAGACUACAUGACCCACCGGGUGGUGCGCACAUUUCCGGCACUAUCGGGUGAGUCACGAAAUUACCCAAGCACUGGUUCCUCUGCAAUGCUUCCACUCAUCUUAGCUGUAAAUAGUACACAACCAGUGGAUGCGGAAGUCCUUGUAUGUGGCGGUGCACCAUCACAUUCUAAUUUUCAAGCCAACAAAGGCCUGUUCCUUCCUGCCUCUAGGACAUGUGGUCGGAUCAAAGCAACCGACGAUUCCCCAGAAUGGAGCAUUGAGGCAAUGCCAUUGAACAGAGUCAUGGGUGACAUGAUAAUGCUUCCCACUGGUGAAGUUCUCAUUAUUAAUGGAGCCAGAAAGGGAACGGCAGGCUGGGGAGUCGGAAGAGACCCAGUUUUGAGCCCUGUGCUCUAUAAACCCGAUGAGCCAAUAGGCCAUCGGUUCGAGGUUUUAAGCCCAGCUUCGAUCCCAAGGCUAUAUCACUCUUCUGCCCAUUUACUUCCCGAUGGUCGAGUUCUUGUGGGAGGAAGUAACCCGAAUAUGAGAUACAAUUUUUCCGGUGUUCUUUUCCCGACUGAGCUGAGCCUCGACAUCUUCUCUCCACCUUAUAUGAAACUGAAGAGCUCAAGGCCGAGAAUCACAUCGAUAAAACCAGGCAGAACACUGUCCUAUAGCCAACAUUUUUUUAUAAAUAUUGAAAUGAAGGAGAAAGCAAUAAAGGGUGUGGAUACAAUUUUGGUUACAAUGGUGGCUCCCUCUUUUACUACACACUCUGUUUCUAUGAACCAGAGGCUAUUGGUUCUGACAGUGAUGGGGCUUAAGGGUGGGCAUGAUGGGUCUUACAGGGUUGAGUGUGUGCCUCCAGGGUCAGCUGUGUUGGCGCCUCCUGGUUAUUAUCUUUUGUAUCUGGUCCAUGGUGGGUCGCCUAGCCGUGGGGUUUGGGUUCGGUUGAGGUAAGGGUUAGCUCACUAUUUAUGGUUCUUGGGUCAUGGUGGUAACUGUGAAGUGGGGUUCUGUGCUGGUCGUUGGCCUAUUGUUUGAUAUCGAGUACCCUAGCCAAGUUGAU